GUCUGGGGCUUAGAGAGUGGGGAACUUGUGACCCUGAGGACUUAUGCUGAGGAACCCCCAAAAGUCAAGGAGAAAGGCGAUCUGUGCUAAUUCAUUGUCAGGUCAAGUGGCAGUCAUCCUGUUUACAUAGUGAGUAAUGUGUCUCUUCCCUCCCACCAUGCUAGGGGUGGGGGGUAUAGGACCCUGCUUUUGCGCCCUAACUUUCGGGCACUUUGAACAGCUGCCCUCUUGACACUGCUUCACGGACUCUCAGCAGAUGGAGGCGCCCCCAGCCCCGCGGCUCCCGCCUCCUCCCCUUCCCGGGGCGGGCGGGUGCCCCCGGGCCGGGAUCCCCGAGGCGCCCGCCUACCGCGGCCGCGGGGACCCGGGCGCGCGAGGUGAGGGGCCGCCCGCACGUCGCCCCCGCCCGGAUCCCGACACCGCGUCGCCCCGAGCGCCGCCCGCACGGCGGGGCGGCCGCCAGGAGCCGCGGGGGCCGAGGACCCGGGAUGGAGGACCCCGCGGAUGCCCGCAGCCCGAGGGAAUCACCGGGGGCCGGGCGGUCCUCGCCCAGACACCCGCCGCCCGAGACUUGGAACGCGGACUCCAGGGGCGGCGCGCACGGGAAGUACCUGGAAAUUUUUGGAUAGGUUCAUUGUCAAUAUUGAUGAUCUUUGAAGGAACAGAGGAGGCAACAUUGAUCACCAAUCAUACUAAGGUCAGGAUCUCCAGGAGAUUUGUAACAGGUAUGCCAGAAGACGCCUAUGGUCAGGACACUUUGAGAAAUACUUGGAAAUGCCUCUCAUUAAGCACCUGAUUGUGGACUUUUCAAGACUGCAUGGGAACAGGAGGAUGUGAAGUUCCUCUCCCCCCACAAACACAUCAAGAAUACAUCUACAAAUGGAACAGUUCUGCAGGGCACCCACUGAACACUAGAAGAGGACCUCGAACACCUAGAAGGACAAGAAAGAUCCCCACAUACCUGGGUAAAAGACUGAAGAAAAAAACAAGGAAAAAGAGGAGAGGAAGUUGGAUGGGACCUGUACCUCUGGAGUCACUGAGGGUGAGCAGUGGCUCCCGCAUCCGGGGAAGCGCCCUCACCAGCAGGGAGAUCAGUGGGGACAUAGACGAGCCCUGGGGACAGGCAGCAUGGAAUGACACCCACACAGGUAGUUCAUGCCGCAGCCCGUGUGCCCCAGCCUGAGGCACGCGUCCAUCAGUGCAGAUCAGGGCUGGAUGCCGGACCGUGCGGGUGGGAACACAGACUCGGGAGGGGACCACUGCUGGCUCUGAGGAGAUGGCCCGAGGGGAUGGAGAUGAGGAGCUCCACAAGUGGAAAUGCUUGUGGAAGAAGGCUGGACCACCACGGAAGCCAAGUGCCGUUACUGAGUGAUGUGCAAAGGCCGGGGCUGCCCCUGAAGCUUCUUUCCUCAGGCACAGGCUCCUGCCUCCACGGACACUGGGGAGGGCUCCUACUGGAGCUGGCUCGUGUGCCCUGCCAUCACCUACCCCCACCCGUCUGGGUGACACACCUGCCCUGCUCACCCCCUGAUGGGCCUGUGCAUUCCAACUAUACCCAAGAGCCAUCCCACCUGGGCGGCCACUCGCCCCAGUCACAACCUUGGGCUCUUCGUGCCUGAUGGUUGGUGAGCUCUGGCAGCCUCCGGAGCAGACUCAUUGGGAGGAAUACCCACAGAGGUGGGGCGGCAACGACAGCUGAGCCCCAGGGGCCUGUGACUGAGGAAGAAGAGCUGAAACCUCCUCGUAGCUGCACAGACCAUGGAGUUAUAACUCUGCUGACCGCUUCCCUAAUCCAGUGCCUGGGAAACAUCUGAAAGGGCAACAAGUGACCCUGCAGCUGGGACGGGUUUGGCUUUAGUAGCUGUAGGCUUUGUGGACAUGUGCACACGAAGGAUGGGCCGGGCCGGAGUCUGAACUGUCUCCAGAGCUCCCACAGAGGGUCCAGGUGAACACCACCGCAGUCCUGGGGCCUGAGCGUGGUGAAAACGACACCUGGAAAGUGAGCGUGGCCAGUUGCCAGCAUACGCACGGGUGAGGUGGGGCUGAGAGCAGAGCCAACAGCAGUGUUCUCUGUGAGCCCACACGAGCUGCAGAAGGGGACAAACGGAGCAUAUCCACAGGCCAACGGCUCCGGAGAAGGGACACUCAGUGGUUUCCCCACACAGAUCAGAAACACAGCUAAGACGUAGAUCUGGAGGCCUCUACUCCAACUAGCGAGCAGACCCUGCCACUGACAAGGUGAUGACAAUCACACAGCAAAGGGGAGGCCCCGCUCAAUAUCUAGGGCAGGCUCUUUGAACCCUCGAUUAAGGCGAUAACGGCACAGCCUCUGGACCAACCUCACCUACCAGAGGGCAGACACCAGAAGCAAGAAACUAUGAUCCUGCAGCCUGCAGGAAGAAGGCCACAAACAAGAAGCCUGACAAAUUGAGAUGACAAAGAAACACACUGCAGACAACAGAGUAACACCUACAAAACCAACUAAAUGACAAGAGAAUAGGCAAUCGACCUGAAAAAAAAAAAUUCAGAAUACGCUGAGUCCUCAAACAUAUGAGUUCUGUUCUGAGAGUGCAUUCGUAAGUCCCACAAAGUUAGCCUGGCUGCCCAACUAACACAAUCAGCUAUAUAUUUUUCACACAAAUAACACAUUAAAAACAAAUAUAAGAUAUAAAGAAAACACCUUUACAGUACACUACCUUGAAAAGUACAGUAGCACAGUACCACAGCUGGAACUGAUUGAAUAGGCGAGAAGAUUUACUGACUGGAGGAGGGAGUGGAGGUGGGAGACGAAGGACCGUCAACAACAAGGAGAUAGAGGGUAAGCUGCAGUUUCACGCAUGCGUGACACUGAUGGAAUGCACAUUCUCAUCUUUGAAAGUUCACUUUCACCACUUUAUUUUUUUAAUUUUUUAAAAAAUUUUUAUUUUCCCCCAUUUAUUUUUAUAAGUUGGAGAAAGUUCACAACUGGAAGGUUUGCACAUGUGGGGACCUACUGUAAUGAUAAUAAAGAUGAUCCAAGGUCUUAGGAAAAGAAUGGAGGCACAGAUUGAGAAGAUACAAGAAAUGUUUAACAAAGACCUAAAAAUACUAAAGAACAACAACAACAAAAAAAAAAAACGAACAAUAUACUAACUAAAAUGAAAAAUGCACUAGAAGCAAUCAUUAGCAGAAUAACUGGGGCAGAAGAAUGUGUAUGUGACCUGAAAGACAGAAUGGUGGAAACCUCUGCUGUGGACCAGAAUAAAGAAAAAUGAAUGAAAAUAAAUGAGGACAAUCUCAGAAACCUCUGGGAUACCAUUAAAUGCGCCGAUAUUCUAAUUACAGGGGUUCCAGAAAAAUAAUGAGGUAAAGCACUUAAAUACAAAGGAAAGUACUAAAAUCAACAAGAAAAAAUCAACAAAUAACACACAAAGGAAUUUUCAUGAAGUUUCCAGCUGAUUUUUCAGCAGAAACUCUGCAGGCCAGAAGUGAAUGGCAUGAUGUAUUUAUGUAUUUAAAAAGAUGAAAUGGAAAAACCUACAACCAAGAACAUAACCCAUCAAGGGUCUCAUUCAAAUCUGAUAGAAAAAUCAAAACCUUUACAGAUAAGUAAACCUAAGAGAAUUCAGCACCACUAAACUAGCUUUACAAAAAAUGAUAAAGGAAGUUCUUAGGCAGCAAACACAAGAGAAG